AUGGUUCUGGUGUACCUUACAAUUACCAGACCUGAUAUUGCUUAUGCUGUUCAUGUUAUUAGUCAGUUUGUUGUCUCUCCCACUACAGUUCAUUGGGCAGCUGUUCUUCGCAUUCUUCGCUAUCUUCAAGGGACACGGUUUCAGAGCAUUCUAUUUCCCUCAUCCUCUGCAUUGGAGUUACGUGCUUAUUCUGCCGCUGAUUGGGCUGGUGACCCAACUGAUCGUAAGUCUACCACCGGUUUUUGUAUUUUUCUUGGAGACUCUCUUAUUUCUUGGAAGAGUAAGAAACAAGAUAUUGUCUCUCGCUCCUCUACAGAAGUCGAGUAUCGUGCUAUGGCAUCCACUACUACUGAAAUAGUUUGGUUGCGUUGGUUACUUUCUGAUAUGGGUAUUCCUCUUUCUGAACCAACUCCCAUGUAUUGUGAUAAUAAGAGUGCCAUUCAAAUUGCCUACAACUCGGUAUUUCAUGAACGCACAAAGCAUAUUGAGAUUGAUUGCCAUUUCACUCGUCAUCAUCUUCAGCAGAGAACGAUUACUCUACCGUUUGUCUCCUCCUCCUUGCAGAUUGCUGACUUGUUUACGAAAACGCUUUCCUCUAAACGUUUUUGUUUAUUGAUUGACAAACUCUCGAUGCUACCUGUUAAUGCAUCGUGA